AUGGGAAUGGGUUGUUGGGGAAGGGAAAUGACAAGUACCCAGGAAGAUCUAGAAGAAUGCGUGCAAGAUGUACAAAUAAAGAAAAUUCUUGCAUCCAGAGAGAAGUCUCUGAAGGAAAUGGACAGUCUAAGAGAAAUACUAGAACAGCAUCCUCUUCACUUUUCUUUCCACGAUGGGAAAAUUCUAAAGCUCUGUCCUGUAAGGAGUGAGCAGACUUGGGCACUGAACAUCAAGCGAGGCAUUCUUAGUGUCCUGCAGACAUCGCAAGCAUCCACUGCUGGUGGAGUCAUUGAAGAGAUGGAUAUUCUGGGAAUAUGCCCAACCCGGUAUCAGCGAAAAGGUCCUGUUCUUGUGAAGACCCGGGACUUAAACCUCUGCUCUCAUCGGUAUUCUGGUUUUACUUCUGUGCAGUCUGUUGCUCUUCCUCAUAUGUCGUCUGAGCAGCAGAUCCUGUCCUCCAAACUAGAAUGUGUUCAGAGCUUUAAGGAUGGAAUCCUGGCAGAGGCCAAAUGCACUGACUCCAACCUCGUAAUGCCAUUCUCUAAGAAGGGCGGUGGGGCAAAGACACAGACACAGUCUUCACUGAAACUCCUUCAGGUGGAAGCAGACACACUGUACAAAAAAGUGGACUCUAAGGAUCUAUAUGUGACCAACAUGCUAUAUGAAAUGGAGCAAACUGAGAUACAAUUCACUACAGAGGAAGUGACUGAAUUAGUACAGAAGCUCUGCUUAGCUCAUAGUGUGAGACUGGAGACUGCAGACCUUUUCAUGACUCUUGUGUUUGAGCUUCGACAUCUUUCUCUUAAGGCCUUAAAAGUGCUAUGGCAAAGAUCUUCACUUAAAUGCAGAGAUAACUGGCAGCCCCUAAUAGAUGCUCUCCCCUCGUGUGCUACGGAAGCAUGUGUUCUCCUAAUGAAAGAAAUUAUAGCCUCUGGAGAAGCUGAGGAAGACAAAGUGGAGUCUUUCCUUUGGUCGUUUUCAUUCAUGCCUAAGCCCACCUCUGGCAUGAUCGAAUCUCUUGCUCCUUUGCUGCAGUCACCGGGAGCAAGCAAGAGCUCCUUCUUGGGAGUGACUGCUCUUGUACACAGGUUUUGUUCAGCUCACAAAUCCUGUGAUGAUGUGCCUGCUGUGCAGAGUGUCAUGAGGACUCUUGGUGAAUUUCUGGGAGGAAACUGCACUGUGCGAGACCCAGAAGGACUCAACCAGAUGCAGCUAGUGUUAAAAGCCAUUGGAAACGCGGGACUGGCAGCAGCUUCACUAGCUCCUGUUCUGAGUUUUUGUGCUUCCUUGAAAAGUAAUCCUAUUGAAAUUCGUCUAGCUGCUAUACAGGCCUUCAGGCGCAUUCCCUGUUCUGUCAGGAAUGCUGUAUUAGUUCAGCUAUAUCAAGCUACCAGUGAUGAAGUAGAAAUAAGGAUUGCUUCUUACUAUAUAGCAAUGAAAUGUCCAUGUGAAGAGUUAUUUAAACAAGUACAAAAGACUUUGCAAAAGGAAACAUCCAGUCAAGGUUAG